CAGCCGCCUGUGUUUGGAGCAUAUCUAUAUGAUGCUGUAUACCAGUACGCGAUUGCUCUGAACAAAACAAUGCUGAUGAAUCAGACUGUAACGGGUGAAAUCAUUGCAAAAAAGAUGCAAGAUAUUCAAUAUGACAGUAAGUGAGAUUUAGGACUAAAAGCAAACAGAAGCUUUUGAGUGAAUUAUUGUAGAUUGUAACCUACUUCCCGCUAUCAGAUAGCUUGAAACUCCGGUUGGUCCAUACGGCAACUGAGUAUCACAAACAGCUGUUGAUAAACAAAUGAGCGAUUAGACAGAACCAUGAUUCAGAACGCCAGGCAAACAGGUAGAAAUUUGGAAAAAAAGAAACUGGUAUGAUGAAGUCUCAUUCUGUUAAAGGCUGAAAAAGAAAAAGUUUCAUAUGAAAAUGCAGCUGUAGAGAAUCAUGGCAUUUGAAUGUUAUCACUAUAGCAUUUCGCCCCAAUACCUGAAAAGUUAGAGCCACCUAUUUUAAAAGACGCCUGUCAUUCACCCUGAGAUUGAGAAGCUUAAUAUAUGUAAAACUAUAAUUAAAAUAAAGGUAUCGUUGAUGUCGAUGUUAACACGGACAAAAAAGUGGGAGAAGCCAAAAUAGUUUAUACUUGGAUUUAAAGGGCAGAAAACGAGCAGGAGUGUUUUAUCAGGUUUAAAUACACGACUGCGAAUUGUUUGAACGACUUUAAAAUCUUUGAUAUAUAUCAACUCAUUCUUAGAUUUAAGGUUAUGUUGGUCUAAAAAACUGGACGUAAAGUUUAGCCGUGUCUUUAUCAGAUAUAUAAAGACACUUAUUAAACAUUUAUUUCUCUUGUUUUUUCUCUAUGAAUUGUUAAUGAGUUUUUGAGGAAUAUAAAAUAUUUGGCGGUCCUUUGUUUUUUGAGAGGGACCUGUUUCAGUUUAAUCAUUUGAUCAUUGCUAAAACGCCAGUACAUUUCUUUAACCCUAUCACUGCCAGAGUGAAUGUUGGAGUCCCUGAGGUAGUUCUAACUUUUGAGUCUGUGGACAAAAUCCUGUGAUGUAACCAUUCAAAUAAAACCUCUCUGCCUCUACUUACAAAUGGUGCUAUUUGUUUCCAAAAUUUUACAAAACGAAAUUUGUGGAUUUUUGUUGAAUUUUGCCCUUGGCCCACUUGGCACUGAAAGGGUUAAUGGUUUGAACGCUCAUUCAGUUGUUUGUUUUUUAGGCAUACUUGGUUACAAAAUUCACUUUGACAGCAAUGGUGAUGCUGAGUUUAACCUGACCUUGCUUGACAUGCAGCUAGUAGGUAUGCAAGUGUUCUUUCAGUUCUUUGUGCCACGUAGGGCUUAACCAAGGACGUGCAUCGAUUUGAAAUAAAUAUUAAUUCUCUAGAAAUGUUUGCUUAAAACGCAUCUCUGCUUUGAUCUGGCUCUACGACUGGACUGUUCUGUCCUGCGGCCAAUUCUGACAUGUGGUAAGCACCCUUAAGUCAGUCGGAGACCCAGAGCAGUUUUUCGUUCAUUGUACAGCGAGCGCGUACCAAUUUUAGUGUCGAUAGCCCUUACCCAAUAGGUGUUGCAUAGUAUGGACGGUUUAUCAACCGUUUACGAGAGAACACUGAAAAUCUUCAUUCAGUUCAAUGAAAUUGCCUGUUGUUUGUUUUUGUUGUUUGGUAGGAAACAGCUCAAGCCACGAGAUGAUUCCAGUAGGUGAUUUUCAAAUCAAGUUUGACAAUGCAACUAAGGAAGGUGAACAAGUCUAUGUUCCAAGGCCAGGCGUUACUAUCAAAUGGCCCGGGGGUCGAACCGGACCCCCACGGGACUCCCCUGAGUGUGGUUUUCAUGGAGAGCUUUGUAUAGAACCAAUAGGAGAAGGUAACUUUUUUGUUAGCUAUGUGGCGAGAGCGUAUAUAAAGUAAUCAAAAGUACGUCACGUCUGUUUCAUUUUCGAAUUAACUUGAUCUACGUCGUGCUUAAAUUUUAUUCCUGGUUUAAAUUAUGUUUUUCUUUUUGUUUCAAACUCAUCUGGUACCAAAAACGAAAAAAAAUGAAAUGUAUCAGAUAAAAUUGAAACAUAAGAACUGGACUCAGUCACAGAACAAGCAAAUAAGACCUACAAAUUCCCAUAACAAAGUUUGGGCAUUCACGAUUUUUAUUAGGAGACAUCUAAUUUAAAACGUUAAUUAACAAGUUUGUUUUACAGUUGAAGCUCCCCACAACGGCCAUAUUGGGGUCACAAAAAAGUGGCCGUUAUAGAGAGGUUAAAGUCCAGUUCACACGUGUCCGGAUAUUAGGCUGAUUUAGCAACAGAACGGGAACGUCAGUUGACGACGGCGCGCGCAAAUCAAACAACUGUCUUGACCAAUGGCAGAGCGGCAAAUUGAGCACCAGAAGUCGAGUUUACUCCUUUCCGCGCGCUUUCCCGUCGUCAAAUGACGUUCCCGUCCUGUUGCUAAAUCAGCCUAUUUUUGAAUCGGCAACUGUUUCUUUCCGGAUACGGCUUCCGUCCACACGUAUCCGGUGCAUCCGGCAUACGAAUCCCCUCUCCAGAACGGGAAAUGUUUGAAUUCGCUAUGAAUCCGGAAUCGAGUGGACGCUAAAUCCCGAUUUUUUUUUUAUCCGGUGACGUAACAAGGUCGAGUCCAGUUCUUUACUAUGAAUAAUGUAUUCAAGAUGGAAACAUCGUUCUCAGGUUCUCUCAAGGCAAAGCAAGAUGCAAAUUUCGCGCUCUUUACGACGCAUGCUCUCUUGUCAAUAUUCCCAGAGGCGUCCUGGGUACAAGAGUUAAUCCGGAUACGUCUCGGAUACGUGUGGGGGGUUAAUUCGAUUUGAUUACGGAUACGUGUGGACGUGGAAAUUUUUUGAUCCUGACAGAAAAAGUUACGGAUUCAAAAUUCCGGAUAUGUGUGGACAGGGCCUUAAACAAGAGUCAAUGUAUGGACUGUGAGCCAAAAAAGUGGCUGUUUUAGAGAGGUGGCUGUUAGUGGAGGUUCGACUGUAUUCCCGCUGAACUGAAUGCCUUCAGCAGAUUUAAAAGGGAAAAUUUCAUUCUAGUUCUUGCCGAGAAAAGGCAAGCACAGUGUUCCAGUAAAACCUUGGGGAAGUUAACUGAAAUUUGUGUGUGUUUCCUUUUCGCUGCAGAUGUAAAAACUAAAAUCAUAGCUGGUGUAUCUGGUGCACUGGGCCUGUUGGCCCUUCUACUGCUAUUGAAUAUUUACAGGUAAGUCCCCACCUGAGGAGCAGUAUUCUAGGAUGCAGCUCAAAUGCCUUAAAUGUGCAAGAUCAGGGAUUUUUUUAAAUUAUAUUUUGGAAUUAUAGAUAAUUCCUUGCCAUUUUAAGUCACGCCUUGAGCAGGUAUCAUGUGACCGUUUCGCGAGAAUCAUUUUCUGACUUCAUCUUCUCGCACAUACUAUCUUAUUGUAAGGAAGGACGUUCUGUUGCAGCUCUACAGUGAACCGAUCCUUAAUCAGACGCUGGGACUCGUGUUAUCUUCAAGAAGGAAAAGGAAGACCUUGGAUACCACAUGUAAAGUUCUUUCAAGUUGAACUGGCGAACAACAAAGCAAAGUUACUAAUUACAUAUAUACAUAUAUAUAAAAAAACAGAUAAUAGGUUGAACACUAAACAAAGAGAUUUUGAGAUUUCUGUGCGGCUCCCUUUUGUAGGCAGUACAGAUUGGAGCGGGAACUCAAACGUCUGCUGUGGAAGAUCGACUACAAUGCGCUCAGUUUUGAGAGGAAGAGAAACUCCGUUACUUCCUUUGGAAGCAACCUGGUAAGAAAUUGCGAAAAAAUUGAUAGCGAGCGUUCAACCGAUUGAUUACUAUGUCUGCUAAUACAGGUUAAGUAUCAAUCUAAGGGAGUAUUAUCCUGUUUUAUAUCACCUUUCCAUUGUUUUGAAAACGUUAUUUUUAAUUUUCAACCAGUGGAAAAACAGGCUAUUGUUUGCGCAGGAGACCAGAGGUGGUUUUGUUGCUCCUCUUCCACCUCAGUGACCACAAUAUCGACCUCACAUCUAAAGCAAUGAAAAAGCUAAGUUAAAUCAGAUAAUGUCUAGUUUCCUUGGUCAUCUAGGAAAUAAUGACCUCUUGCUAGGCGCUCGCUCAUUCCUUUUUAAGAGAGCCUCGGAACUCAGGCGUUAUUGUAUGUUGGGUGAAUUAAUUAGUUCAGAAGUGUUCAGAAGUAGUGUUUGUGUUCAUGUAACAACUUGGUUUGUGUAACAACUGCCGUAAUAAACAGAAUCGAAAUUUGCGCAAGGGAAGACCACAAAUGCGACCGGAACAAGGGUACUUCCUCGGAUAGAAGCUAUCUUGACCACGGUGGUCUCAUUAUAAUCAGUCUGUGCCUCUUAUCUACACAGUGAAAAAGAUCGUGUUUCAUUUUCGCAACCCGUCUCUAUUACUUAAUAUAAUUAUAGUCUAUCUUAAAAAUUCAGGGUAAAAAUUUGUGUCUAUUGGGCUCACGGGUGGAAGGAGGGGUGUUGUUUUGUGUAGCGCCCCCACCCUUCCCCAAACAACCCUUAGUCAGCAGAUAGACUCUCGCGGUGCACGCUUCCUUAGCAUAAGGAGACGGACAAAAGUUUCGCUAGUGAAUUCAUAAAUAAAAUACCACACAGACUUUUUAUAUAUAUAUAUAUGUUCUGAAAAUCAACUCGUUCAUAAGUUUAAUUAUAUCAUCUUAUAACAUUAUUUACUUUUCAUGAAGCAAAAAGAUCCUGAUCCCGAUAUGUUAGCGCCUCUUCUUGAUGACGAUGGGGAGCUUUACAAUAACUACACGGCUAUUGCAGUUUACAAGGUAAUUGUAUAAGUUUUUAUCUUGAUUCUUUUCUUGAUUAUAAUCACUGUUCAACGUGCAUCAAAAUGAAAUCGAACCAGGUCUAAUAAUUGCCAAAAUUAGUACGCGUAUUCAAUUCGUGCGUAAACCUACCAGUAUAAGGUUCAUUGUCCACCAUCGGUUAGUAAGCAGAUUGAAUAAAAAGGACUUAUCUUUGUUCAAAAAAUAAAUGUUAUUUGGCAAGUGUAAAGGUUAUUUUAGAACCAUAUAUAAUUGGCUUUUACUAGUCAUUCUUUAUUAUUGAAUUCCAUUUCACUGACUAUGACGAAACUCAAAUCUUAACUCACAUUGAUUUAAAAAGAAAGCUUUCCUCACAGGUCAAGAAUCAGGUGGGUCUCUAACUUACCCAAUUUAUUUAACUCAUAGAAAUCAUCGAGUAAGGCUUUAAUUUUGUAGAAGUAAGUUUCCCCUGUCUUUUUUGGCGCAGGGAAAUUUGGUGGCGGUUAAACGUUUGGCCAAGAAAAGUGUUGACCUGACAAGAACUGUGUUGAUGGAACUCAAACAGGUAAUCAAUCAUAAAAACUAUGUGAAUUACGCCUUACAGAGUAGAAUUUACAUGAAUCUUUUAUUAACUCUAUUCAUUCUGGGCAUCUCAAAUGAAGUAACAGCAAAGGCUUUGAAAUUUGAACCCUUUUUAACUCGAAUUUUGAACAGAUGUAAGUACUUUGAGAGCACGCUUUAGUCGGCUUAAAUCUCAAUAUCUAUGUUAGUGGUUCUACAAAUCGUACUCAGCCUUUAUUUCCAUUUUCUGUGAUGAGGGGAUGCCGGAGGAUAACUGGGGGGAAGGCGAUUUCGCGAGCGUUAAGCACUUUUCACUACCCAUCUUAGUUUUAAAGAAGAUAAAGAUUAGGGAGAUUAGAAGAUGCUACAGUGGGAUGCGCUUCAGAAAAUAAUUGGAUCGAUUUUUCGUCCUCGUCUGCCAACUAUACCCCUAAGUAAAUGUUAAUGUUGGCCCUAGGGGAGGGGUGAGUGAGCAGUUUCUCGGAAACGUACAAUCAUUCCUUCUAUGUUGGAAUGCAGCUUACCUUUGUUGUCUAAGCUAAAUGUUUCAGGCCAAACCCUGCAAUAAAAACAUUUGGUGUUCUCUUAAAGGGGCUGUGUCACGGCAGUCCAGUUCAUUUUGUUUAAUUUUGUCAAUUACUCGCCCUCAAUCGGUAUGGAACUUAAAGUAAGCAAACAAAUUACAGGUAAAUGACAAAAUCAGAGAUCCGAGACAAACAAAUACGUCUCCUGAGCAUUAUUUUUGAAGUUGCAAGCAGCAGGGAAUCAACUUUGAAAACCUGUUAAGCUGAACAGUUUUCAAAAACCCUAAUUUCAACCCGUUUCAGUCUUCUUCAGUUUUGCCCAUCCCUGGCAUCUGUUGUUUCUGUUAUGUUAUUUCAACCUUCCUUUAAAGUUUUAAGCGGUUAUUUUUAUGUUUCUCUUAAUUUAACGGGUAUUUUGUAAUUUCCGUAAUUUGGCUGAAUUUCGUGACACGGCUCCUUUAAGGCAGUAAACUUUUUGAUUCUCAUAUAUUGUCCUUAUGCUUUUCAGACCAAUAAAUGCUUUUCUUUGUGUGUGUGUGUCCCUUUUUAGAUGCGGGACAUUAGGCAUGAUAAUCUGAAUCCAUUUAUUGGCGCCUGUGUUGACUCUCCUAACAUUUGCAUUGUUUCACAAUACUGCUCCAAAGGAAGAAGUCUUCAGGUGAGGAACUGAGUGAUGUGUGAUGAUACUUUCUACCACUUAAUAUAAUAUAAAGGUCUAAAUCGUGUUUGAGGUAACUGCUGAUUUUAUGAUUUGCAGGAUAUCUUAGAAAACGAUGAUGUUAAGUUGGAUCACAUGUUUAUUGCGUCUCUUGUGUCGGAUAUAGUAAAGGUAGGUUGUAAACGUUUUAACUAUAAAAGGGAGAUAUGCGUAUGACUACAAUAUCUCUCAUUUAUAUUUCUUAUCCGUCUGCAACCGUUAACGGGUUCGAAAUCUACGUUCUAGGACUCAUUUUGGAAUGACUUUGACUCAUGAGAAUAUAACAGUUCGAGUGUUGCUACCUGAAAAGUAAACUAAUCACGUAUAGGCUCUGUAAGUGAUGUGAUAUGUUGCCGUAUCGAGAAACCCGUAACUUCCCAUUACAGGCGAGCCCAAUACAUUCACAACUUUGGAAGGCUGGAAGCCUAAUUUUUUUCUUGCCGUUACAUUAGCCGAGAGAAGCUAUUUUUUUCUCUGAGAAAACGUUCCUAUUUGUUACUGUCAAACUCAGAAAAUCGUCAACUCCUAAAUGGAUGUUACUAAAACGGGGAACGGGGAGCGGGGAGCGGGGAACGGGGAACGGAAGUCUGGGAACGAGUUGUCAGCGGAAACCUCCAUAAAAAUCCAAAAUGGCCGGUAAGGAUCAACGACCCGGUAAGAUCGAUGAUAGAGAAGCGUCGAAACAACACUUAAGGUCGCUAUUUUACUAAUGAACUAUAUGCUCAUGAGGUGCUUGAAAUAAUACGGAGGUAAUAAUGUCAUGACAUUUUUCACCUUUUUGCGUUUUACUAAACAACAAAAUAUGCUCCAACAGCAGUUGAAAGAAGCUACAGUCGGGACAAAAACCCUCAAAGCACAGCCAUAUUUGGAACUCAAGCGAAUCUAUACUGGGUCUAACUCACAAAGCAAUGAACUACUUUUGCUUGACACUUUUCGUAGGGUUUUGGCUUAAAUACAUGCUGAAAGAUAACGUAGAUCGAAGCAGCCAGGUGUAUUUCCUCGACAGUAAUAGUGUAGCAGUGGAGCUCCUUCUUAGCGGUAGCGUUUUUUCAAGCCCAAAUUAAAACAUGUUGGCGAUGAGAUAAAACUGUAAGUCUAAUAAUAUUAUAUUUACAAUCCUAUGAUGAGAAGUAAGUGCAAUUGAAUUAUUUGAAAAGAUAAGAUGGAUCAGGUUAUUUAAUACAUCAAUAAAAGGCAACUUUAAACAUAUUAACGGGCAAUGUGCCAGGAACAUCAAUCAUACCUUGGUCUUAAAGAUAUCAGUUGUUUCAAAGCAAAUGGCUAUGCUGUGGUUUUAUUUAAUUAUAACCUAGGUUUAAAUUUUGCUUCCCUUUGUUUGGGGGUACGGUAAUAUGAAUUUUAUGAUUAUGAGUUCAAAACAAAGAGAAUAAAAUUCAAACUUAGGAUAAAAGUGAACCACAACUGAGCUGCAAUAUUAAGUGUUGCAAGUAUACGUGGGGGAAGUACUUUGAAGUCUUUGGUUGGAAGGUACUUUCUAAAGGCUAGCUGUUAAAAUAUGCAUGGUAAGUAUACUUCCUCUGUUUAGCCCUCUGGAUGCUUUUUUUUUCUAGGGGCACUCCUUUAAUGUUUUUGCAGAGGGGAGCUCUGCUUCUCUUUAAUGAACAUUAUUUUUACUGUGGAGAAAAAUAUUUCAAGCUCAGUGUAAAACUGAAUGUGUCAGUGACUUAAACCAGUUAAUAUUGUCAAGCUGCUUUAUUAGCUUGAUUCAGUAAUAUUGCAGUGCACCUACCGUCAAGCAUCACAUCAUCAAUGUUGCAGAGGCUGGCAGCUUAUUAGAAGGUGGUUGAUAAGCCUUCAAACAAGCUGUCUGUAGUUUUGGAAAUAAAGAGUCUAAGGUCUCACACAAGUGAUGGGACGCAAAAGAUUGGAGUGCCGAUAUGUUUUUCAGUAAAAACGCGCAACUGUAUGUGUAUAGUUUCCACAUUACGCUUACUCAAUGUAUGUAAAAUAACACAAUAGAUCAUGCUACCCAUUUUCCCUGAUUUUAUUUCCCCUCCAGGGGACAUAAUUUCUUUUAACAUAUUGGGGUUUUCAAAAAAGGGGCAAGAAGCUUUUAAAUGAAUUUUAAUUCAUUUAAUGAAGCACAGUAUCAAAGAAAUUAAAGAGAAGAAUCAGACUAGAGUAACAGUAACCCAGAGAGGAGGGGGGGUGAGUACUCACCAAAGAGGCUCUGCCCCAGGGACCAACCCUUUACCCUUUGUAUGUACCAUUUUAGACAGAAAAGGUACCCGUUUUGUAUACCCUCUUGUGACAAAUGGUACCCCUUUCACAUACCUAAUUUUGAACGCUGCAUCCCUUUUUAACUGCUGUAGAUACACCAUCUUUAGAAAAACAGGUUUUCUUGUCUCUCACAUCCAUAAAAUGCAUCUGUGACUGAUCUCAUUUUGGUCCCUUUCAUAUACUUCAACUAUAAAAACCCCUUCCCUUUCAUGUACCUGAAGCCUGAAAAAGGCUUCAGGCUCUGUUUAGGCCAUUAUAGUACCCCCUCCUCCUGCACCGAGAACAGUACUUGAUACAGCGAUAUUGUAUGGUAUGAAUUGCACCAAACGUUUCGUGCCCAUGAAGAGGUACUUUGAUUAUUUUACGACAUUUUUCUUCAAAAGGGAGGGGUUUGGGAUCUCAUUCUUAGGGGGGCGGGGGGUUAAUUGAGGAUCUGCAGUGAGUGAGAAUGUUGCAUUCAAUGCCAUCCAAUGGUUUUGAUUCAGGAAAGGGUCGUCAGGGGUAUUUCGCAGAAAGACAAAUGGCCACUGUACGACUUUGAAGCAGUUACUGAUUAGGGUGAGGAAAAUGAGUGAAUUAGGUUCCAUUAGGGUCAUUAUACUGGUCUAAACUGGGCAAACUGACCUGAAACAAAUUGUUUCACAAAAUAAUGAAAUGAUAUUAUUUUAUUUUCAUGGAUCAGUGAAACACUUCAAUAUCAUGAAUGCUUGCAGUGUAGUAGAUCUAAUAAUAUUAAAAGCAGAACCAGAUUGUUAAAGUAGUCUUACUAAUUAUGUGAUGACGUGGUCAAUAACAUUUUUCAAAGCAGUCAUCUCUAUCAAAGGAAAUAGAAGAAGUUUGCACACAAGCUACUUGACUACUUCGAUGUAUGUUAUCUAUCAUGGAAAAGUAGUUAAUUGCUUUGUGGGCUAGACUCAGUAUAGAUUCGCUUGAGUUCCAAAUAUGGCUGUACAUGUGCUUUGAGAGUUUUUGUCCCGAUUGGCUUUUUUCAACUGCUGUUGGAGCACAUUUAGUUUCCUACGGAUAAUUGUUUAGUAAAACGCAAAAAGGUGAAAAACGUCAUGAAGUUAUUACCUUCGUAUUAUUUCAAGCACCUCAUGAGCAUAUAGUUCAAGUAAAGUAACGCCGUUAUUGGUUAAGUUUGUUUCGACGGUUCUCUAUCAUCGAUCAUCGGCCAUAUUGGAUUUUUAUGGAGGUUUCCGCUGACAACUCGUUCCCAGACUUCCGGUCCCCGUUCCCCGCUCCCCGCUCCCCGCUCCCCGCUCCCCGUUCCCCGUUUUAGUAACAUCCCUCCUAAAUAUUUCAGGAUUGUUUAUUGUGUUAUGACCAAUCAAAAGAUCGACGAUCAUAUUUCUGGUGUUCAUGCUUUUCUGAGUUUCAAGUGAAAUAACAAAAGUUAAAGAGUUUAUUCACCCGGCCUUUUUUGUUUGCAGGGUAUGUCUUAUCUCCAGAGCACUGACAUCAAGUCACAUGGAGACCUCAAAUCUUCCAACUGCAUGGUGGAUAACCGCUGGGUACUUAAGAUUGCUGAUUACGGACUCCCAACUUUUAGGGACAAACAAGCGAAAAUUUACCCAUCUGAGCAUGCGUAUUACAGAGGUAAAUGUGAAGUAUUAGAUCGCAAUCACGAAUGACAUUGAGUAGUGCAUGAAAGACACGAAGGUUCGAGAUCAAAUCUUCCUGUUAACUUUGCAAAUGCUUCGCAAAACAAUAGGCCAUGCAAUUUCUAAAAAGUAACUUUUAUUGUAAUGUUACGAUCAUCAUCAUCGUCAUCAUCAAUUUCAUGAUUACUCCAGAUUUCAAUCAUGGUCAGCGAUGUCAUAUUAUCGCCUUCAUUUAAAUGCUCCUCCGCCAAAGUCAACGAACCUUGGUCAACUUCUACAAACGUUUUUGAAUUCCAUUUCCGGAGCACGCUUUCACAAGUUAGUUUGCUGAAUAUCCCUAUCUAUCCUCGACUAUUAUUAAUUUUCUCAUAUUUAUUUUUCAUCCUGUUUUAGAUCUUCUAUGGGUAGCGCCAGAGAUUCUUCGACUCCCAAAUCGACCAAUCAGAGGGACCCAAAAGGGUGACGUUUACAGCUUUGCUAUCAUCCUACAAGAAUUUCACACCCGCGAAGGACCCUACAGCUCAAGUUAUAUGGACCCGAAAGGUAUCAGUAAAUUUCCUUAUAGAUUAGUUGUUGUGGUUCUUGUCUUGUAAAUUACGUUUAUUUUGUGUUACCCAUAAACGAAAAAUCGGUUUUUUACGUGAUGGUUGAAAGUUUAAGGUGCUUUCAGUCGUUGAGUUCUAUAGCACCGAGGUAAAUGGGUUCUGAGAUAUUAAGUGCUCCAGAGUUUUCCCCAAUUCUAAGCAAGUCUAUCAAUGAUGUUGAGUUGCGUGGAUUUAAGCUCCGCCGCAUUAACGAGAAAAUGAAAAGGUAGGAGUUGCGCCUUAUUUAUGAAGGUGGGACCUAUCAGCCGCGUGAUCAUAACAGCGACUUUCAUUUCCUUUAACAGUCGUGAGCACGGGCGUGUUCCCUUUGGUUUUAAUUCGCAACACGACGUCGCAGCUACAACAAAAGGGCCGAAGCGUUGAGACAUUGAAAACAACAAUUUGGCUUUUACAUUUUAAACAAUUUCUGUGUUUUUACAAAGUGCUACACCGAUCUUGAACUUUAAAGUUCUAAUUACAAAAAUCCAGUUCACGAUUACCGAUUGAUGCAUCUGGGUGGCGAGAAGGUGGACAACGUUUGUUGUGAAAUGAAAGAACACUGGAGUCUACAUUACCCCGUGUCCAUCCCUGUAAUUGCAAUAACAAUACAAAAGAACAAAGAUAGCAGUUGGGAAGUUUUUGUGGUAUAUUAGAUCUUUUUUUAAUAAGAACUGAAACGAGACAUGUUUUUGCAGGGAAAAUUAAUGGUUAAUAGAAGAAACUGGGUACUACAGUUGGGAUUCUGAGCCUAACCUGCGCCUCAGACGAAACCUCUGGUUAAGUCCGUCUGGGAGCCAGCUUCGAGAUCCUUGUUCUGGGCCUCAGGCUGUGUACCAGGACUUGAAUAAGCGCCAUGAUUGGGCUUGUAUAAAAGCCACUGCUCGAUUGGUCUAUUCGAGUCCGCUGGGGGCUCAGAACAAGGAUCUCGGCGCCGUGGUUUCGUUAGCCUGUUCCAGGCUCCAAGAUACCAAUGUGCAGAGGUCGUGCUCGUCUUAUUUUUCCCUUAACCUUGUUUUCGCGACCUUACUACUACUAUCUGAGAUCCUUGCACAGACUACGGCUUCACACAAACGUUACUAGUCAGAGUUAGAUUACGUUUCCGACGCAGACUACAGAGAGCAUUGAUUUGGGUAAACAAAGGCUAAUCCAUUCCUACUGCUAUUACACCUUAUAGAAAUCGUGGACAAGGUACAGAAUGGAGAAUUUCCGCCUUUCCGUCCAACGGUAUCAGAGCUGAUAACUGGAGUUGAAGAGCUGCGUGAACUAAUGAAACAGUGUUGGGAGGAGAGCCCAGAUUUACGGCCGGACUUCCACGAGAUCAAAAAGAUCAUGAACAAGAUCUUAACCAACAACGGAAUGUAAGUUACCGUUAUAAAGUGUAGACGGAAUGAUGUUACUAAAACGAGGAUUGAGGAACAGGGAACGGAGAACGACCCCAGGAACCGAGGACAGGGAACGGGUAAUGAAAACAUUGGGACAAAAGAAAGAAUGUGAAGGAAGUUACUGAUAAGGUUAGGGUAUCAGCUAUUUUUUCCCAAUUUCCACUUUCUCGUUUUUCCCAUUUUCCACUUUCCACUUUUUACGUUCCCGUGCACAUCAGUUCCGUUCCCCGUUCUUCGUUUUAGUAAUAUGAUUUAUUACAAAUAUUGUCAUUAAGCAUUAUUUUUAUCUAAUAGAGAACAUUUACUGUGAACAACAUUCACAUUUACAUAACAAUCAAAAGGAAAAAUGCGCUUCAGAUGAUUUAUAAGUAAAAAACGACGCUACUGUUACUCUUACUGUUACCCGUAAUUUAAAGAACGCUUCUUAAACCAACCUUGUUAGCUUCCUGUUAAUGACAUCACAGACAUUUCUUUCGUUUCUGUUAUUUCUUUUUGCACUCAAUAAACAAUUGUCACCAAACGAGACUUUACACCCAACUGAGUAGGAAAAGUCAAAGAGACUUCGCGCAUCCGAACUGUAAGAAAGAGUGAUUCAUUCGCGCACAAGAGGCGAUUACCUUCUUCGUUUCGGUUUUUCCUUAAAGGAAGACAAACAUUUUUGACAAUGUGGUGUACAUGAUGGAGAAGUAUGCGGAUAACUUGGAGGAGCUCGUGAUCGAAAGAACUGGACAGUUAAUUGAGGAGAAGAAAAAGACAGACGCUCUUUUGGAAAGGAUGCUCCCAAGGUGCGUUCAUCCAGCCUGCGUUGGAGACGAUUUUUUGGUGUGUUUUUUGUCUGUGGUUCGUAAAGUGAGAUGCAAAGCCGCACGAAGGCCAAACAGAGCUCAAACGAAGGCAGAGUGAACUAAUCUGUCUUCUUUUUUUCUCUUUUGACCUCUUAUUUUACGAAACACGAAAAACACACCAAAAAACUGCCUGCUAAGCCGGCAAGCGUUCGUCUUACUUAAUUUUUAAACGUGGAAGGUUUGAACCUGGAGUCAUUUCAUAAGUAGGUGGAGUAUGAACGUCCUGGUGAUCACCGUAGUCCUGAAUUGGACUGUUGUUUACAGUGACUGACGUUUCGAUAACCUGUGCGGUAGUCAUCUUUAGAGUUAAAGGGACUUGUAUCACGUCAGUCGAUUGUCUUAAAAUCUAGUUAUUGACCUGAUUGGUCUAGUAAUUGUAAGCAUUAAAAGCCGAAGAGCCAUCCCAAUAACACUAGGGGCGCCUUGAAAGGUUAAUGUUUGAUACGAAUUAGUACGUUUUUGUUAACGUUGUUGAUCGUCGUUAUUUUAAACUUUUCUACCAGACCGGUGGCAGAACAGCUCAAGAGAGGCAAAACAGUUGAAGCGGAGAGUUUCCAUGAAGUUUCAAUUUAUUUCAGUGAUAUUGUGGGUUUUACCGAACUCUCGGCAGAGAGUACUCCCCUUCAAGUGAGUAUAUUACGCCUGUAUCGAGCCAUUUAACUUAUGGAGUCUACUUACGUCGUUAAGUUUCCAAGUAGUAGGCGAUGAAAAUCUUGGUCACGUAGUCUUUGUUACCAUUGUCCUCCUCCCUUUGCACUUUCUCUCCAUCCCGCUUCUAUAUCAUCCCCGUCGUCAUCCUCAUCCUCAUCCUCAUCAUCAUUAUCAUCAUCAUCAUCAUCGUCGUCAUCCUUAUCAUCAUCAUCAUCACCAUCAUCGUCGUCAUCAUCAUCAUCAUCAUCGUCGUCAUCCUUAUCAUCAUCAUCAUCAUCCUCAUCAUCGUUAUCAUCAUCACCAUCAUCUUUUUUCCCAUCAUCAUCGUCAUCGUCAUCAUCAUCAUCAUCAUCAUCAUCGUCAUCAUCAUCAUCAUUAUCCUCGCUUUUCGUUCUCCUGCCUUAAUCCUUAUCCUCCCAAUCGCCUUAGUUCUCAUUGUCUGUCAUCAUCAUUAUCACUUCCGUCGUGUUUAUCUUACUUACUGCCAUUUUUAAUAUUUCUACUAGUUAUUUCUUUGUCGUUCUCGCUGAUCGUUUGUUUUAUUUUGGUGGCCACGGUAUGUUUCGAGGAAACCCUUAGCACAUGCAAAACAAGUAUUUUUAACACAUCAACGGAACAUUUCAUUUUCUUAACAAUGUCUACAGGUUGUGACUCUACUAAAUGACUUAUACACCUUAUUUGACGAUAUAAUAAGUGAAUACGAUGUAUACAAGGUAAGAUUUAUGAAUUAUUGUCUUAUUGAUAAAAUAAUGGUAAACAGUUUUUCCUUUUCCUCUCUGAACUUUUUAUUGGUUGCAAGGAACCACUACUACCGCUUUAACACAGAAUAAAGUGGAGAAUAGGAAAGGACGUCAGCUUGAGAUAAGAAGGACCUUACAUGCAGAGACAAAUGAUAUUGUACGCAAGACUCUAAUUUUUUUCAUUAUCUUUGACGGAGUUUAUGUCAAGAUGAAUGAUCAAUCAACCAGUCUUUCAACUGGUAAUAUAAAGCCACGUUCAUAAAGUUUUCAUAGAGCACCCGCCGCAACCAUGUUUGGGUUCGGUCUUCCUAUAUUUUUGCGCGUUUUCGACGCCAUCUCUGGUUAAACUGAAACUUCACACAACGAAACUUGACAGGUAGGUUCAUGCGUCCAAAUGAAAGGUAGCAUGGUCAUUUCUGGACCAAACGAAUUGUUUUCCCAGUAUCACGUUUUAUUUAUUGCUUUAUGUUAAGGAGGUUGGACAGAACUAAAGCUUAAAGCAUGAUGCUUGAUAACGCAAGCUGCAUGGUUUAAUAACUGUAAUAAUUUGGGCAGAAGUUAAUGCUGAGUUUUGGCUGCUAUAGGCAAAUUAAUUACUCAACAUCUUAUCCCAUUAAAACUGAAAAAUACAAUUGUUUUUAGUUAGCGUAUUCUGUAGCUCUGAUUAAAGAAUACAAUAUUAUUGUUCAUUUUAAAUUGUAAAUAGCUGUGAGAAAUUUUAUUACUUAUAAAAUGUUGUUCAACCCUACAAAUCGUUUUUAUAUAAGUAAUACUGUGUAUUAGUAUUAUAAAAUGUGUCGGUUAAAUUUUCGACUUGUAAUUGAUGAAAAUGUUUGGCAUUAAUUUGAAUUGUUAAACACAAAUUAAAACUCAGGGGUAAGGACACAUCAUAUCGACUUUAAAUUGUAAUUUUGUUUUAAAUGACAACGUAAACAUCUAAUCCACAAAGCGACUGCUACGAUCAAUUUUAAACGCAGCUUGUUUGUUUUUUUUUUUCGCUGCUUAACGGUAUAAUGCUACUUAUUUUUGCAAUGUCACAAUAAAAUGGGCUGUUUUUUUUGUAAUGGAGGGAGGGAUUCUGGAUGUAGAAACUGAUGAGCAAAGCCUGCUAGUCAUACCUAAAUUAUAGCGCGAAUCUAAAUGCAAAAUUUCUUCAAAAUAAUAAAACACCAAUCCAAUGCUAGUCCUUGUGACAAAAUUGACUUCAAUGUCCAUAUUUUUUUAUAUUUUAAUUUUAUUAUAUUCAAACAUCGCAAAAAAGCAUAAACUUCGCGAUAAACGUUAAACAUAGGGCUCGUUCAACCUCCAAUUUCGUGCCGUUGUUUGCUUGUACUCUAGUGCGCUCCUUCUGCCCGGCAGGUGGAGACAAUUGGUGACGCAUACAUGGUGGUAUCAGGUCUACCAAUCAGAAAUGGGCACAAUCACGCAGGAGAGAUAGCGCGCAUGGCGUUACAUCUGGUCGACGCUGUGAAGAAAGACUUUACAGUUCGACACAAAAGUGACUACAAACUCAAGCUACGCGUUGGAAUACACAGUGGUAAUUCUUCGUUGUCUGUAAUAAUGUACAUCAUAAGUCAGUUUAUUACAUACAUUUUUUAUAUACCACCGUCUAAUAAUUUUAAUAUGAGGCUGCACUGUAAUUAUAUCCUUAAAAAUUAGAAUUUUUGGUCUUAUUAAUCAGGUGAUAUUAAGCAUCAUUUCACCUAAGAUAUCACCAAACCUUUUGGCAAUAAAAAUGUAGGAGCAAAAAAAGUGUCAAAGCAUUACUGAAGAACGGUGCCUUUUACUGAAAAAUGUUAUGAAUUCAUUACUGUUUUUCCAGCUGACAAAUCAGUAAUGAUAAUAAUAAAAAUAAUAAUGAUAAUAAUAAUAAUAUAUAAUAUCGAUAAUAAAUGCACGAAAGUGGCAAUAAAACACGAAAGAUAAUUUCAGUUUUACACGCAACUUAGGCAGUUGUAAAUGAAAGUAUGAAAAAAAAAAAUCACCAAAAAGGAAGCGAGUUUUUAAAAGUGAUCCAGAAAACCUUAUUCGUUCUUUUUUGUUAAUUUCCUAUGAACAAUCAAUUCCAUGACUAUUCUAUUCUAUGACUAUUCUAUUCGAGGUCUACUGAUUACCAAUUUAAUGAUUUUUUUCCUCCUAGGUCCUGUUGUAGCCGGUGUGGUUGGUAUAACGAUGCCCCGGUACUGCCUUUUUGGUGAUACUGUGAACACUGCGUCAAGAAUGGAAUCGAAUGGGGAAGGUUGGAGUUCAAUUAGGCUUUCUUCCUCUAACCUUCUUUCAUCUUGUACUACUUUUCAAAACAUCAUCAGCAGCUAUAAGAUAGCAAUAAUGACGAUGAUGAUGAUGAUGAUUUCUUCUUGUAUUGCUGUUCUUCUUAUUAAUCACGUUAAUAAAAAUUAAAAUGUAUAAUAAUAACAAUCAUUAUUACUGACAGUAAAACAAAGGGAAUUUGCCAGCGAUUUGCUCGUUUCUCGUAAGAAAUAGUCACUGAAUUUGUGUCCUUGUCUGUCAGAAUAGCAAACCCACAAUGAAGGGGACUGAGAUAGAGUAAUGUCGUGCGUCAGGUCGGCUCCUGCGUGCGUUAUCUGUUUGCAAGCCAAUAGAGCCUUUUUUCUUUUAUACGGCACAGAAUUUAACUUAUUUCUAGUUGGUUAUUACCUUUUUCUUUGCCAAUUAACUUUUAGCUUUAAGAAUCCACAUAAGCGAAGUUACGAAGAGAAUACUGGAAGCCAUAGGAGGCUUUGUUGUUGAGAGCAGAGGCGAGGUUUAUCUUAAGGUAAGUUUAGUAACUGCACGUUACUAGUCUAGUCUAGUGCAGGUAAUUUUUACAACAACUGCGUGAUUUCUCGCCCGCUGAUUGGUGGAUGAUGGUAAAGACCCGUUGGAAAUGACUUGAUGGGGGCACAAUUUUUUCCUUUUCUACCGCGCGCGAUUUUCCAAGAAACUUCAACAAAAAUGAACGUCAAAAACUGUUAGUGUUUUUGUAAAGAACAAAUCAACAACGAUUUUCCAUUGUCUGUUCCUUAAUCGACCAUAGAAAAGACGUCAGAAUGUUGGAAACUUUGAAGUGAAAACACUCUCUUGCAGCUGGCGGUUCCACUUUAAGUGGAUAACGCAGAAUGGAGAUUAGGAGAUAGACCUAUCAUUUUUGUGGGGAUUUCACUUGAUUUGAAUGUUGCCUACCAUGUAGAAAGCUUUGCUCUUAUUUGGUUUUUGAAUCCUUGUUAUUGUUUACUAGGGAAAAGGAAACGUGCCGACUUAUUGGCUUUUGGAUGCUUCAAAGAAGCCUGUUUACAAGCCUCGUCGCCUGCCAAAAGUUCCAAAUGGCAUCCCUACAGAUUCCCCUCUCUUAUCUCUUCCGGGAUUCAAAAGUAGCAGCACAGGGUCUGCCUCCUCCCUAGUUGCUUCAUUGAGACGAUCCCCGUCACUUCGCCGUAGUCAGUUCCGCACAUCCCAGGGAUCGCCAGUUCUUAAAAGGUGGCAAAAGCUCGAAGACCCCCCAAGGCAAUCCUCAAGAGACAGCUUCCACAUGAAGAUAGAUCCAGAUCUAUAA